UAUAUAUAUAUAUAUAUAUAUAGAUAUAUAUGAAUAAAUGUAUAUUUUAACGUGAACAUUUUUGCUCCGAGGAGAAUUGUUGCUUGGGUCUGUACGGAGUCUGUGUGAGAAAAUUUGGGAUUUAAUCUUAUCCAGCUGCCUAAUCAAGUUGUAGCUGCGAAAAUUCUGAUAUCAAGGUUUUCAGCAACAAUGUCGAUAAUCGCGUUUACGUCUGGAACGAUCUGACCCGUAGAUUAGCGUUAGAAAAAUCAAAAUGGCGGCUUCAUGUACGCUCUCACACGUCACCAUUGGCUGAUAUCUUCGCGUAAAUAUGCAGAUAUAUCGCACUGAUACACAGAGAAACCAUUGAAACGUUCAAAACGCUGUCGAGUACUUGCGCGAUGUUAAAGAUUAUUCGUCAUAUCGUGUAUUCCGCAUUCUAACCUAUACGUCACCGCGGAGUGAAAGUGUCGGGACAAAGUGUCACAAAUCAGAAAAUUAUGUAAAAAUCUGGUGUAUUUGAUCGCGUUAUUCACACAAAUGUGCUACACGUCGUAUCUGUAAAAGAGUUCCAAUAAUAAUUUUUACGCGAAUGAGACUGAGUUCAAUGAGGAGCAACUAAUUUUGAUCGUAAAGCAUCACGUACAGAAAGAUAUGGGAUCAAACGAGGAGAAUAGACUUCCAAACGGCGAUAUCCAGGUGCAUAGAGAUGUGGAUUGGUCCAGGUACGGUUUGCGCGACCCGGAGGAGGCACAAAGGAACGCGAAAAGAGACGAUGAAGGCUACGAUGCAUUCGGCCCUGAGAUGUAUCAGGCUGGUACAAAUGAACUGUUUGCACAAGAAUAUAGUUCGGAUCCCUGGUGGAAAUCGAACUUUUUUAUCUCCCAACCCGUACUGUUUGGUACCUGGGACGGAGUCUUCACGUCCUGUCUUAUCAAUAUAUUCGGAGUGAUUGUAUUUUUGAGAUCCGGCUGGAUAGUCGGCCAAGCAGGCGUUUUAAACGCAGUAUUAAUAAUUUUAUGUACAGUAUGUAUUGCAUUAGUGACAGUAUUGUCAGCUGUAGGGAUAUGCGAACGAUGUAGAGUCGAAAGUGGUGGAGUUUAUUUCCUAUUAUCACAUGUACUAGGCUCCAGAUUCGGCGGCUCCAUUGGACUGCUUUAUUGUUUUGGGCAGGCGGUGGGUUGUGCUCUGAACGUUUUAGGUUUUGGAGAAUCGAUGGCCGGUCUUGUAGGUUUGGAGUCCACUUGGGCGCAACGUGGUUUCGCCUGUGCAGCAGUCAUAUUAUUGUCUGUAAUUAACGUGGCUGGUGUUAAGUGGGUCAUAAAAUUACAGUUUAUUCUCCUUUUGCUCUUGCUUCUCGCUGGAGUCGAUUUCUUUGUCGGAAGUUUUACCCACACCAACAUCGCCGCUGGUUUUGAAGGAUGGUUGUCUGGGAACCUGAAGAACAACACAUUUACCGAUUAUCAAGACGGAUACAGCUGGUUUACCGUGUUCGGUGUAUUUUUUCCGACAGUCACUGGUGUCUUAGCUGGAAUCAACAUGAGCGGGGAUUUGAAGCAUCCAUCCAGUGAUAUCCCCAAUGGUACUUUGGCGGCGUUAGGGACCGGAACAUUUUUAUAUCUCUGCUUCUCGCUUACGUUGGCGGCCACGUGUGUCAGGAGCGCUCUGCUCACAAAUUUCAUGAUAGCAUCGACAGUGUCAGCAAUCUCGGUGUUGUUGCUCGCUGGUCUCUACGUAUCGUCGUUCAGCAGCUGUCUGGGUGCUAUGUACGGUACACCCCGCGUUCUCCAAUCCAUCGCCAGCCAAAACGUUAUACCGGGAAUGAGCUGCUUGCAAAGAGGGAGAGGACCAAAUAAAGUACCUAUAUAUGCUAUGCUAGUCGUCGCUGUGGUAACGCUAACUUUCAUCAUCACCGGACAAAUUAACACACUCGCGCCAAUUGUGACGAUGCCUUUCCUGUUGACGUACGCGUGCCUGGAUUAUGCAUAUUUUGCCCUCGCGCAAACCUUCGAUAUCCGUCAUACGCGCGAGCAGAGAUUUCGCACUCAGUCGCCGACGUUCGAUCGCAACUAUGGCUCUGCCAGUAGGAACAAUUCCAUUACCGACACGGACAACGAUUUGGACAGCUUAUUCCCAGAAAGGAUAAGGCACAAGAACCUCACGAGAAAUAACAGUGUUUCUGAUAACAAUGUGUACGUGGAUUCGUCGCCAAGCAUCGAGGACAAUGCUAGUGUCGCCAGUGCGGAGCGAAAAGUUCACAUACACAAUAAACUGGGAAAUUGGUAUAGUCCUUUGUGCAAUAGAUGGUUCUCGUUACUGGGUUGCCUCGUAAAGCUGAUUAUAAUGUUUCUCGUGCAUUGGGGAUACGCUAUCGUCAAUAUCGUCGUCGUAUUCAUCGUCUGGAGCUACGUCGGUCACGCUAAUCCUGCUGUUAAGCCCGGAGUCUCGGCGGAAUUCCAGUUCUUCAAAUGGCUGCGGACCGCAUUGCUUCGUCUUAUGGGAAGAAAGGUUUACGAUUACGAGCAGAUCGUCGUGACACCGGUACAUCCGGGCGUCGAGACCUGCUCGGCUCAGUUGAACGAGGAGAACGAAGACUUCUCGGGCAGAAGAAGAUAUCACCAGACUGCCACUGUCACUGGUCAAUACGUCAACAUUGACUAGACUUCGUGAAAAGCGCGAUCUACACGAACAAAUUAGCGAACGUGUACUUUGUGAAAUAUCGUUUUCACUGGCGACAGGAAAUUACGAACACACACACUAACGCCUAGCAUCUAAUGCAACACUUCGAAGAGUGAUAAGCAGCUUGCAGCAAUCUUACUUCGUAGACAGCUACUGUUUUUAUCUCGUUUUGUAACAAUGUCAAUCGCACAAACAGCUAGUCCAAUUGAAUUUAACUUAACUCGUGCAAUGCAUUUCAAACGGAAUAAUAGCUUCUACCUUGCCGUUCCAUUCGCUUUCUGUACACACUUGGUGCGUUUGAAUUCAAACGGGCAUAUACAAUACCCGACGUAAUAGUUUUAACAUUUACUAGAUCUAGUGACUGUGAAAUUUUUCGAUCACACGCGAUGAAUUUACAUAUUCGGGCAUCACGACUGUUGAGUAUUCCGAAGAAGCGGCGACAUUGGCUACGUUCAGCAGAGAAAGUAGCUUUGAAACUGUUGUAAAAUUCGAGUUUGAUUGGUGUAUGAUUCUUAAUCUUGGCUGAAUCUAAGAACAUACAUCAAUCAGAUUCACGAAUUUUACAACAGUAGCAAAGCUGCUUUCUCUACUGAACGUAGCAUACGAACCUCGAGAUGGUUUUGACAGCGACAGUUUUCGGUGUAAAAGAACGAUUUUGUGCUCACUAGACUUAGUAAAUGUUAAAGGUAUUAUGCCAAGUACUAUACGCACGUUACCAUGAUUUUAAUCAAUUAUCUUCUUCUCUUCAUAUAAAUACUUAUUCGCGGAUAGAAAAUUGAUUAAAUAACAUAACGUUAUUUUUCUUCGGGCAAGAACCAUGAGAUUAUCGUGUUCUGAACACGAACAUCGACGAAUACCCGAGCGGGACAGCAAGGUUAGCAAAUAUUAACAGCGUAUGAAGCAGCAGAUUAAAUGUGAAACUGAUCGAUUAUGUGAAACGUACAAAGAACUGAUGUAACAGUAGUGCUAGAUUUUUAUAAACAUUUACUACCUGUUGUGAUCGCCGUGCAACUGAGAGAUGAUUCACUACCGCUAGUGAUUGAUCUCUACACGAUGUUACUCGGUUUGACACAACGUUGAACGAACAACUGAGAAAAAGUAUCCAUAUGCUUGAUGAAUUCUCACAUAUGGUGCGAGAUUAUUCUUUUAUAAUUGAACCAUUACAGGGUUGUAAAUAAUCAGAUGACAAUGACAACACACAGUCGUAUCGUACAUCCUAAUACUCUGUAAAUACCUCUGUAAAUACUCUGUCAUAAAUUGUUUUAAUUUAUGAUAGAAUUUUCCAAGAUCUUUCUCUUUGAAUUUUCUAAAGAAAAAAUGUCAGCAUGCGUUGUUUUUACAUUUUUACUGCUAACGGUGCAAGUAAAGAAUUCUGAAAUUCUAGGAAAAAGACGAUAAAAAUCGCUGAAUUGCGUAACAACCGUAUAACUAAACUUUGUGCCGCGUAAAAUAACGAAUGAGAGUUUAAAUUAAUUUCAAAAUUCAACUGAAGCUCCUGAAGAUCAACGUACGUAUCUCAAGCCGAGUUAAAAAUUUCAAUUUACACAAAUUACGUGUAUAGUAUGUUUCGUAACUGGCGCACGAGACAUUAAUUGUGGUCAUGUCACUUUAAUUAUGAAUAUCUUGCACUUGAAUACACAUACACACACACGCGCGCGCGCGCGCGAUACCAUUUUUAUUCGUCCCAAUCACUCUCGUUUUCUUCAAGAAAAUUUACUCUUGACGAAUUAAUAUAAACGUUGUUUAUAUUAAUAAAACUGUCGCUGAAUCUUCUAAACUAUUUUCCAGUUUACAGGCGAUAAAAUUGAUCCAAGUAUCCUUGAGUGUGAGAUUCUGAAGUGUCUCGUGCGUUAAUUGUGAAUCAUAUUGCGUUAUACUACAUCUCAUAAUUACGCAGUAGGUUUCCCGGUGCUGUUUACUUACGACUGUUUUAACUGUACAUUUCGCCGAUCGACUGACAUAAUGAUAAAGAAAGAAAGAGAGAGAAAAGGCUGUAAAUACGUAAAUGGAAAAGAGAAAUACAGACAGAUCAAAUCUCCCGAUUCAAGUAAUUUUAUUUCGUGAACCCGCGUUGUGCCUUCGCACAGCUGAAAUAUCGAAGGUACGACCCUUUAAACUUCACUUUACGUCGUAAAGUUAUUGUUCUCCGCGCGUAUCUCGUUUAAAACGUAAAUACCAUCCACUCGAGGCCGAACUUGAUCCUAUUGUAUUCUCAGCAUUCCGCAUUCCGAAAUUUUACAUACAACCGUGUUACGUGUUACUUUCACUUUCAAAAAUUU